AUGUGGUCUGACGACGAGAGCUUAACCGCGUGGAGCCCAAGCGACACGAGCUACGACAUGGAGGAUGACAUGAGCGCAUGCUCAUCAGUAUCCAGUGCCGACUGGCUGGACUUGUCUACCUCGACCGCCGGCUCCCAGCCCUCCUCCGCCUUCUCUUCUCCCACCGAGGCUCCCCUCAAGUCAUACCCCAUCCCAAGCCUCCCCAAGGCGCAUGGAGCUUGUAAGGCUGGCUUCGAGCCAGACUGGCACGCUCUGCUUGCCUCCCCUCUCGUGCUCGGCGGAGACUGGGCCGCCGCCCUCGACGCCGUCGGCAUCCCGGACGAGCCCGAGGACCAGCUCGACAGCUGCUACAUCGCCGCCCACAGGAUUCCGGAGUCCCCGACACCAGACCAGCCUGAGCCAGCGUCUCAGGGCCUCGGCGCGUCCCGCACAGCCGCAGGAGCUGCCCGUCUCCGCAGCCUGCCCACCAGGCCAGACGUCGUCGUGAUCCACUCCCGGCAGCUCACGGCAGGGGACGGGCCGGUGGAGAUCACGCGGGAGCGGCUGGCAGAGCACUUCCACGAGAGCCUCGAGGUCGCGGCGGCCAAGAUCGGCAUCGGCAAGUCGACCAUGAAGCUGGUGUGCAGGCGGCUGGGAGUAGGGCACUGGCCGUACAAGCACCAGGGGAAGCGGGGGAGCACGGGAGGGAGGCGGAGGGAGGUGUACAGCAGCGAUUGA